AUGUCAUACGCAAAUCCGCGUCCCUUGAGUAAUAUCUCAACCAAGCCUCAAGACGAUCAGGAUCAUCAGAGCCCCACAGAGUCCGAGGUCCACCGCCUCUAUUUCGAAGACAACGGCGGUUUCUUUCCUCCUAGUUGGAUGGGAAAAGACAAAGAUACCCGCAGACCCUCCACCGAAAGCAAGGAGAGUAAUGAUUCCCAAGACAGGGAGACUGAAACCACUAAAACCCCAAGUGGUUAA